AGCCGCCCCUUGCCCCUCAGCAUCCCGCAGUCCAGCCGCCCCUUGCCCCUCAGCAUCCCGCAGUCCAGCCGCCCGCUGUCCCCCUGCUUCCUGCAGUCCAGCCAGCCCUUCACGUACUUCAGGUUCCCGGCCACGCCGCAGUCCAGCCAGCCCGUCCCGUACCGCAGCUCCCCGGCCAUCCCCCGCUCCAGCCAGCUCUUCCCUUACAGCCCGCUCCAGCCCAGCCAGCCCUUCCCGUCCCGCGCCCCCCCAUGCCUCCCCCAGUCCAGCAAACCCUUCCCGUACCGCAGCCCCCCCCGCCUCCUCCCCAGGCACAGCGACCCCUUCCCGUACUAUUUCCCCCCGUACAGCCCCUGCUGCGCCCCGCUGGGGGUCCCCCAGUCCAGCCGGCCCUUUCCCUACUGCCCCCAUCCCCACAUCGCCAAAGCCACUGAGCCCUUCCCCUGCUCCGUGGCCCUGCAGCCCAGCAGAUCCUUCCCCUCUUACGCCCCCCUCCACAUCCCCCAGUCCAGCAAGCCCUUCCCCAGCAGCUCCCCCCAGCCGGGGGACCCCUUCCUGCAUUACACAUCCCCGUGCCCCCCGCAGUCACCGGAGCCCCUUCCUCACCAUCCCCUCCAGCGCCGGGGCUCCCCCCCUCCUCGCUUGCACGUCUGGGGGGUGCCCUCCCCGCCCCAGCACCCUGCUACCCCCUAAGGGGGGUCCUGUGCUCCCCACCUGCCCAGCCGGCUCGCGGGACCCCGUGCCCAUGGGGGAGGCUCCGGUGGCGGAGCUGGAUGCGGUGCUGGACGGCGGCGGGUGGGAGGUGGGGGGCAGCUUCGAGGGCCCCCCCGAGCCCACCGCCCCCAUCCGCCUGGGGAAGAACGUCUGCUACGUCGUCCUGGCUGUGCUCUUCAAUGAAGAGGACCGGGUGCUGCUGGUGCAGGAGGCCAAGCCCGAGUGCCGCGGGAAGUGGUACCUGCCUGCGGGCAGGAUGGAGCCCGGCGAGAGCAUCGUGGCUGCCAUGAGGAGGGAGGUGAAGGAGGAGACGGGGCUGGAGUGUGAACCCCUCACCCUGCUGGCACUGGAGGAGCGGGGCCCGGCUUGGAUCCGCUUCGCCUUCCUUGCGCGCCCCACCGGCGGGACCCUGAAGACCCUGGCGGAGGCCGAUGCUGAGUCCCUGCAGGCCGCGUGGUGCGCAGGGGACCCCCGCGCGCUGCCGCUGCGCGCCCCCGACAUCCUGCCCCUGCUGGACCUGGCUGCGCGCUUCCGCCGCUGCGCCCCGCACCCGCCGACGCUGCCGCAGGAGCUGCCCUGCGCCCGCCUCUGCCUGCGCCUCCUCCUCGCCUGCACCGGAGCCGCCGGGGACCUCUGGGUGCUGCUGGGCACGGCCGAGCCCCCGCGCCUGCCCCUGCUCCCCUGCGGCGCGUCCCCGGCCGAGCUGCGCGGGAGCCUGCGCCUGCCCGUGCUGCGCCUGCUGCGGGGCUGCCUGAGCCCCGCGCCCGCCCCGGGCCCCAUGGGGCUGCUGGGGCUGCAGCACCGCGCCGGGGGCGCCGGGGGGGCCGAUGGCGUCUGCUUCAACGUGGUGCUGAGCAUCGCGGCCGGGAGCCCCGGCGCUGAGCCCCCCGCGCCGCGCAGCCCCGCGUUCCGCUGGUGGCACGUGGAGGAGCAGGGCUUGAGGGGUCGCAUCCUGCAGCGGCUCCGCGCCGCGGUGCCCGUGCGCAGCUGAGCCCCGGCAAUGGGGGUGCUGAUUGCGGAGAGCCCCAGGGGGGUGCCUUGGGGCAGGAUGUGGGGCUGCGUCCUGGGCUUGGGGGGCUGAGCGCCAGCCACAGCAGAAAUAAACCUGGCUGCUGCUGCU